AUGCGCUUCCCUUCCUUCCCAACAUUCAUCCGCGCCUUCCACACGGUCACAAACACAACGAGCGCAUUUAUCCGAUCGAACCCUACCAGCAAUCUCGGUCGCACUAUCUACAACUCACCGCAGCGCGCAGUCAUCUACCGUUCGAUGCCAAAUAUCCCCUUCUUGGGUGCUCUUUUUGGAUCUUCUAGCAGUAUGGCGGACAACACAAACUACCCAGUUCAGAAGCCCGAGGGCGAGUGGCAAGCACAGCUAUCACCUGAGCAAUUCCGCAUCCUCCGAAAGAAGGGUACUGAGAUGCCCGGCUCCAGCACAUACGACAAGCACUAUCCUGACGCCGGCGUCUACACGUGCACCGGAUGCGAUGCGCCUCUGUACAAAGCAAACCACAAGUUCGACUCUGGCUGCGGAUGGCCCGCCUUCUGGGAUGCCGUGCCAGGCGCUGUCGGACAGAAGCCUGACCCUGGUCUUGGCAUGAUGAGGACGGAGAUUGUAUGCAACAACUGUGGAGGUCACUUGGGACAUAUUUUCAAGGGCGAGAGAUUCGGCAACCCAAAGGACGAGAGGCAUUGUGUAAACGGCAUCUCUAUCAACUUCUCCCCUGAGGAUAAGAAAUAA